GCUCCAGCAGCCUGUCCCAGUGAGGACAGGGACACGGUACUCAGCCACGCCACUCGGCCACGCCAUGGGGCACCUACUGCACCUCGUCCUGCUCAGUGCCUCCCUGGCUGGCCUCCUGCUGCCCGGGGAAAGUCUGUUCAUCCGCAGGGAGCAGGCCAACAACAUCCUGGCGAGGGUCACGAGGGCCAAUUCCUUUCUUGAAGAGAUGAAGAAAGGAAACCUCGAAAGAGAGUGCAUGGAAGAGACCUGUUCAUACGAAGAGGCCCGCGAGGUCUUUGAGGACAGCGACAAGACGAAUGAAUUCUGGAAUAAAUACAAAGAUGGUGACCAGUGUGAGACCAGUCCUUGCCAGAAUGAGGGCAAAUGUAAAGACGGCCUCGGGGAAUACACCUGCACCUGUUUAGAAGGAUUCGAAGGCAAAAACUGUGAAUUAUUCACACGGAAGCUCUGCAGCCUGGACAACGGGGACUGUGACCAGUUCUGCCACGAGGAGCAGAACUCAGUGGUGUGCUCCUGCGCCCGCGGGUACACCCUGGCUGACAACGGCAAGGCCUGCAUUCCCACAGGGCCCUACCCCUGUGGGAAACAGACCCUGGAACGCAGGAAGAGGUCAGUGGCCCAGGCCACCAACAGCAGCGGGGAAGGCCCUGACAGCAUCACAUGGAAGCCGUAUGACGCAGCCGACCUGGACCCCACCGAGAACCCCUUCGACCUGCUUGACUUCAACCAGACGCAGCCCGAGACGGGUGACAACAACCUCGUCAGGAUCGUGGGAGGCCGGGAAUGCAAGGACGGGGAAUGUCCCUGGCAGGCCCUGCUCAUCAAUGAGGAAAACGAGGGGUUCUGUGGUGGAACCAUUCUGAGCGAGUUCUACAUCCUCACGGCAGCCCACUGUCUCUACCAAGCCAAGAGAUUCAAGGUGAGGGUAGGGGACCGGAACACAGAGCAGGAGGAGGGCGGCGAGGCGGUGCACGAGGUGGAAGUAGUCAUCAAGCACAACCGGUUCACAAAGGAGACCUAUGACUUCGACAUCGCCGUGCUCCGGCUCAAGACCCCCAUCACCUUCCGCAUGAACGUGGCGCCCGCCUGCCUCCCCGAGCGCGACUGGGCCGAGUCCACGCUGAUGACGCAGAAGACGGGGAUUGUGAGCGGCUUCGGGCGCACCCACGAGAAGGGCCGGCAGUCCACCAGGCUCAAGAUGCUGGAGGUGCCCUAUGUGGAUCGCAACAGCUGCAAGCUGUCCAGCAGCUUCAUCAUCACCCAGAACAUGUUCUGUGCCGGCUACCACGCCAGGCAGGAGGACGCCUGCCAGGGGGACAGCGGGGGCCCCCACGUCACCCGCUUCAAGGACACCUACUUCGUGACAGGCAUCGUCAGCUGGGGAGAGGGCUGUGCCCGGAAGGGGAAGUAUGGGAUCUACACCAAGGUCACCGCCUUCCUCAAGUGGAUCGACAGGUCCAUGAAAACCAGGGGCUUGCCCAAGGCCGAGAGCCAUGCCCCGGAGGUCAUAACGCCCUCUCCAUUAAAGUGAGAUCCUGCUCAA